CAGUGACACUUGCACAAGGGAUGUCAGACAGGAGUGGUGAUUGUGAAACCUUAGCUACAUGUGGUAAUGUCAAUGUCCACACUAUUUUACUCCCUGCGAAGAGACUGCACAAAUGUGAUGAAUGUGGCAGAUGUUUUACUCGGUUGGAUCAUCUCAAGACCCAUUCCUUAAUACAUACUGGUGUAAGACCACACAGAUGCAAUAUUUGUGGAAAGUCAUUUAGUCAGUCUGGCAAUCUCAAGAGACAUUUAUUAAUACACUCUGGAAAGAAACCUCACAAAUGUGCAACUUGUGGUAAAUCUUUUACUGUACUUAGUUCUCUGAAGAUACACUCGUUCAUACACACAGGAAAGAAACCCCAUUUAUGCGAUAUCUGCGGCAAAGCCUUUGCUGUGUCGAGUAAUCUUAAAACCCAUACAUUAACACAUACUGGGGAGAGACCACACAAAUGUGGCGUUUGUGGCAAAAAUUUUACUUCGUUGGUUACUCUCAAGAGACAUGUCUUGAUACACACUGGAAAGCGACCCCACAAAUGCGACGUUUGUGGCAAAUGUUUUAAUGAUUUGAGUUCUCUGAAAAAACACACAUUAAUACAUACUGGAAGGAGACCUCACAGAUGCGUUAUUUGUGGCAAAUCUUUUGCUGAAUCCAAUAAUCUCAAGAAACACACCUUAAUUCAUUCAGGACAGAGACCUCACAAAUGUGAUAUUUGUGGAAAAUCUUUUACCGAAUCAGGGACUCUAAAAAAACAUAUGUUUGUACACACUGGCAGUAGACCUCACAAGUGUGAUGUCUGUGGCAAAUCGUUUUCCUUGUUGGGAACUCUCAAGAUCCACGCAGUACUCCACACAGGAAAUAGACAGUACAAAUGUGAUACAUGUGGCAAAUGUUUCAUUAUGUUGAGUAACCUCAGGACCCACACACGAAUACACACUGGGGUGAGACCCUACAAAUGUAAUGUUUGUGGCAAAUCAUUUACUGAGUCGCGUACGCUUAGGAAACAUGAAGUAAUACACAUCGGAAAGAGAUCUCACAGAUGUGAUGUCUGUGGAAAGUCUUUUAUUCAUUCGCGUAAUCUGAAGUCCCACGCAAUAAUCCACACUGGUGAGAGAGCACACAAAUGUAGUGUUUGCGGAAAGUUAUUUACUCAGUCAGGUAAUCGCAAAAAACAUGUGUUAAUACACACUAGAAAGGGACCUCACAAAUAUGGUUCUCGGGGCAAAUAAAUUUCCCUUAGCUGAUGUCAUCAAGAUCCAUACAGAUACGUGUACUGGGAGAUGUUGCACGUUUGUUGUGUGAUAAAUCCUUAAAAUGUGCUAGAAUUCUGAAGAGGCAUAUAACAAUAUGUGCUAGCGAGAGAUCACAAAUGUGACUAAUACAUUUCUGCAGUUUGAAAUUUUGAAGAAGAUGCUCACAA